ACGUUGACACACACACACGUACACUAGAGCCGAGAAGGGGGAAUAGCGUUUUGUUUAUUUUUUUCUUUAAUUUGUAUCUCUUUAUUCUUUGGCGUUUUGUUGUUAUGUAGCUGUAUUCCCGUAACAGAUUCGACUGCCUUGCUCUUCAGCGCUUGCUCUUUAUCGUUAAUAUUCAUGCCGCUCUCUCCUCACGCGGCGCUAUUUUGACAGUCGGGGUCGAAGUGAACCAAUUCAAGCUAGCAGCACCACUAUAUUAGCAUCGACACAACUGAAGGAUUCUCCGCACGGACUCGAGACAUACAGCCAGCAAAACGGGCUUCUGGAGGACAAACCAUGCUGCUGUAGUGAGUCAGAGGGAAAGAAGAGAGAGGCCUUGGAGGACUGCUGAGGUGGUAGCUGGCCUGUCGGUGUGCUCCUCCCCCUUGUCUGGCUGGCUAACUGCGGCCUCUUCAGUUCACCUGGUCACUCCCCACCCUGAAGGCUAAGGCUUAUUAUGGACUGUGUUUCGCCCCCUGCUGCAGUACUACCCCAUACCCUACUGUAGUGGGUUCUCUUUGUCUUCCUGUGUGUUGUUCCCAUCCAGACUCACUGUACAGAGUCCAGCACACAUCUGAUCCUGCAUACAGCCACUCCUGGGUUCUCCGCCCAACCCCCUCCCCAACUCCCACCCUCUCCCCCUCCCCUGAGAAGAUGUCAGUGAGCCUGACACCAGACAUCAAGCAGGAAGGAGAGAGUGGACCACUCAUCGAGCCCUGCAGUCGAGGCAAGACCUCCCCUCAACCACAGGGCACCAAAGAGGGGACAGGAGAGGGCCUGGAGCUGGAGGAUAUCUCCCCACAGGACGCACAGAAACGGGCUCCUAACCACAGCCAUGGCAGGAAAAGGGCAAAAUCUAAUGCCAAACUGAAGCUGGUACGGAGUCUGGCAGUGUGUGAAGAGUCCUGUGGUCCGUUCUCCAGUGAUGGACCUCCAGAGUCGGAUGUCAUUCAGCUUCACAUCAGCUGUCCAUCAGACAAGGAGGAGGAGAAGUCUUCUAAGGAUGAAUAUGAAAAUGAAGAGAAAGAGAAGAAGGAUAAGACUCCACGAAAGAUGCUAUCACGUGACUCCAGUCAGGAAUACACUGACUCCACGGGCAUCGACGUUCACGAGUUUCUGGUCAACACACUGAAAAACAAUCCUAGGGAUCGAAUGAUGCUGCUCAAACUAGAACAAGAUAUCCUGGAGUUCAUUAAUGACGACAAUAAUCAGUAUAAGAAGUUUCCUCAGAUGACUUCUUAUCACCGUAUGCUGCUGCAUCGUGUGGCUGCCUACUUUGGAAUGGACCACAAUGUGGAUCAGACGGGCAAGGCUGUCAUCAUCAACAAGACGGGCAACACACGCAUCCCAGAGCAAAGGUUCUCUGAACACAUAAAAGAUGAACGUAACAUGGACUUUCAGAAGAAAUUCAUCCUUAAGAGAGAUGAUGCCAGCAUGGACAAGGACGAUAAUCAGAUUCGUGUGCCGCUGCAGGAUGGGCGGCGUAGCAAGUCCAUUGAAGAGCGAGAGGAGGAGUAUCAGCGGGUACGAGACCGGAUCUUUGCCCGAGAAUCCUCUCAAAAUGGAUACAUCAAUGACAACAGACUUUCCAUUGAGGGCUACUGCUCUAGCUCUCAAAAGAGGAGGCAGAUCUUUAGAGGGAAUCGUGAGAGCUCCAGUAGAGCAUCUAGCAGUCGUCAAAGCAGCACAGACAGUGACAUGAAGUGCCUGGAGCCACGGCCUUGGAGUAGCACUGACUCCGAUAGCUCUAACCGCACCCUCCGGCCGCCUGUUACUAAGGCCAGCAGCUUCUCUGGCAUCUCCAUUCUUACCAGGGGGGAUAGCCUUGGCAGCAACAAAGGCUCACAGGGAAGCUGCAAAGGCUCUCGCUGUGCCCUGACCAUGCACCCCCAGCCCCCGCCCCCGCCUCAGACUGCCCUGCUACCCACCCCACAGCAGCAUCCUAUGGGCAACCACAUGAUUGCUCAGCCGGUGGCUUCUCUACAGCCCUCUCAGCCUGUCUCCUACUCCAGCCCUUCCUGCCCCCAGGUUCUCCUGCCAGUUUCUCCUCCCCAGCAGUACACAAUGGGAGAAGAGCUGGCACCCCAGUUCAGCCAGAUGACACUGAGUCGGCAGGGCUCCAGUGAGAACCCUGAGCCUCCCCCUAUGUAUCAGGCUCCUCCCACAGUGCUUUCUCAGCACCCCCCUCCUCAGACUGGUUACAUCAUGGCUACCACGGGUCAGCCUUUGCCACCUCCGUCUGGCUACCAACCUGCCACCGGACACCCCCAUCCUCCACCUCCACCACCACCUCCAUCCCAGCCAGUCAUGCAGGCUCCACCACCCCCACAAGGCUACAUGCAGCCACCUCCACCUCAGCAGAUACAAGUGUCAUACUACUCUCCUGGUCAGUAUCCCAGCUCAGGCCAGCAGUACCGCGUGCCACAGCCCAUGUCCCACCAGGUGUCUUAUUCUGCCCAGCGUACACAACCCAUGCCUCAGCCCACACAGCAGUCAGGUCUCCAGACAAUGAUGCCCAGUCAGCAGCCGAGUUACCAGAGCAUGAUGGGUGUGCAGCAGCCCCAAAACCCUGGUUUGCUAAAUUCCCAGAGGGCGGGCAUGGGGGGACAGAUGCAAAGCAUAAUGGUCCAGUACCCACAGAUGCCAUCCUAUCAGGUGCCUGUGGCAAAUGAAAAUCAGCAGGUGGUGCAGCAGCAGUACCAGCAGCAGGUGAUGGUACCAGUCAGCCAGUCUGUCCAGGGCCCCAUGUCUGUCUACUACAGUGUUAUUACACCUACGCAACAGAAUAGCACAAGCCCUUCAGUAGGUUACAUGCCACCCCCCAGCAAUGACCAGUAUCAAAUCACACAGUCACCUUCCCCCUGCAACCCCCAACAGUUGCAGCAGCAAUAUUCAGGAGUACCCCCUCCUGGGCCGGGGGUGAUGGUCAUGCAGCUCAGUGUCCCUAAUGGACCACAACCUUCCCAGAACCCUCCCCUGGUCCAGUGGAACCCAUGCAAGUACUACAGCAUAGAGCAGAGACCCAACAAGCCGGGAGAACUCUACAAAUCUGACAACACUCCACAGGCCAGUACCCAGCUGCCGAGUCCCCUGGCCUCCCCCACUCAGUCUCCCACCCCAUCUCCCUCCGGCAGCGUUAGCAGCGUCUGUCCAGGCCUCGGACCAUUACCCCUCAUUUCCCAGUUUCCCCGGCCAGGAGGACCAGCUCAAGGUGAUGGGCGCUACUCUCUGUUGGGCCAGCCUCUCCAGUACAGCCUGUGUCCACCUCCCCUCAUGCAUGGCCAGUCCUCCUACAGCUCCCAUCAGGGCCAAGGAGUAAUGAAACACGGGGCACGGGGGAAAAAACAAACACUCAAAUCUGCAUCAACGGAUCUCGGCACCACUGAUGUAGUGGUGAGUCGAGUACUUGAGGUAACAGACCUGCCAGAGGGGAUUUCACGUCCCGAGGCUGAAAAGCUCUUCAACCAGCUGUCGCUAUGUGGUGCCAAGAUCCAGUGGCUGAAGGAGCCCCAGGGAGGCCGAGGAGGAGCAGGAGGCUGUGGCCCCUGUCCUGGUGCAGGGCCUUCUGGGCCAGGAGCCAGCAUAGUACCUGUUGGAGUGAAGGGCGACAGCCAUGACCCAGCUCACCUCUACACAGUAGUGGCAGUGUUCCCCAGCACCAUGGCUGCCCAGAGUGCUUCCUUCAAACUCAACAACAGCGGGGCAAGCCUCUUCAAACUGAGGGCCGCCAAAAAGAACUAUGACCUGCGUGUGCUGGAGAAAGCUAGUUCUCAGUGAAAGGAAAAGAGGGGCAGGAAAGAAAGAAGGUGAAAGAGACAAAGAGAGACUCAUGGUGGAGUGGUGGAAAAGGAAGGAGGAUUGGGGGAGGGGGGGGACUGCUCUUAGUGUACAAUUUAAAAACAAAACAAACUUGAGUUAAAUGAUGUGUCAAAUGUAUAAAAGGGACGAAGGUAUGAAUCAUGAGGUGGCUGGAGUUUGGUUGCAAAUAUGAUUUUGUUGUUUGUUUUUAAUUCAUUGUUUUUGUUUUGUAUUUAUAUAGCAGAAGAGCACACAAGACACGCGAGCAUGUGUUUCACUGUUGCCGUGGAAUGUGUGCUGCCAUUAUACAAAAACACACGCCAUGCCACACAUGUGUAUACACACACACACACACACACACACAUACCAGUAGAGACAGACACAUAAACACAGGCAACAGGGUCACGUAGCACAUAACAAAGACACACUGGACAGUCAACCUCAGUCAGACCUUUUCCUCCUCCCUCCGUUUUCCAACCUCUCCUCCUUUUCCGGCCAGUGCUUUCUCUUCUUCCUCAGUGCUCUGUCACCAAAUCGUCUCUUAAUUCACAUAUUUAUACAUUUUCAUACGCACAGUUGCGUGCACUCUGCUCUUCCCCACCGCUCCGCCCUCUAUUCUUGCCAUGUCUCAUACUACCUUUCUCUGCUCUUCUGUUCCAUGUACUCUCACUGCUUUCUCCUCCCUUGCUUUCUGUUUGCCUUACUGCUGUUGUGGGUUUCUGUGUUGCGCUGGGGUUUUUUUCUGAUUUAUUUUUAUUUUUUGUUUGUUUUUGGGGUUCAAUAUAUUUAUAUAAGUGAUGUAAGGAAUAAAAGAAAUCUAUAUAUUCAG